GCUAAGAAGUUAUUUCUUCACACUCUCUCUCUCUCUCUCUCCAAGGCAAAACCCCUUUCCAUUCUCUUUCUGUCUCUCUCUCUCUCUCAACCCAAACCCAAAAUCAAAAUCGGAUUUGGGUUUGUCUGCUGCUCUUCCUCUUCCUCCUCCUCUUCUUCUUCCUCUCAGACAGCACAGCACAGCACCUCCUUUCUUCCUUCCUAUUCACAUUUGUCCGGAGAAUCACGAGAUCCCCAUCGUCGACUCCGCUUUUAUGCCGCCGCCGCGGUCGCAUUCCCCCUCUUCUCCGCCGUACCGGGUUCUUCUUUGAGCGUCUUGCCGGGAUUUCCGAUCCGAGUUGAACUGCUUGCUCUCUCUCCCAACCCAAAAUGUCGGGCAAAAACAAGCCGGAAAUCUCGCUAGAAUCGCUUUCGGAUCGCCUCCGCAAUAGCUUGACGUACGACGGCGACGCCAACAAGCCCGACUUCCGGGAACUCGAUCUGGGCUCUCCCGUCUCACCCCUUCGCAACCGCGCCGCUGCCAGCAGCAGCUCCAGCUCCUCCGGAUCGGUCUCCGGCCGGACGUCCAACUCAAAUCUGCCAAGGAAACCCGAUUCCCAUCCCAAGAGCCAUUCCGGCGAACUCUCUGUUGACAGCUCCCCAUACGCCGCUGCCGUCCGUCCCGGCCACGCCCGCUCCUACUCCUACUCCAGCGGGUCGCCCAUCAUCCCCAACUCCACCUCCACGUCUCCAUCCCCAGCCCCAUCUCCAUCCGUCAAUGUACUCCCCACCGGAAACAUUUGCCCCUCCGGCCGGAUUGUCAAGACUGGCAUGGCCAGUAAGUCCACCAGGACCGACGUACUCGGCUCCGGCUCUGGUAACUAUGGCCACGGCAGCAUAAUCUGGGGAGGGCCCGCAUCGAAGCCUGGGCCCGGGCCCGACCUGAGCUCCCGAGGAUUAGUGGUAGGAGGAGGAGGAGGAGGGGAGCCCUUGAAGCGAAUGGCAGCUGGGGCUGGGAGUACUACUAGUGCCAGUGCCAAUCCCAAUCCCAAUCCCGAAGAGUUGAAAAGAAUGGGCAAUGAUAGUUAUCGAAAGGGUAGAUAUUCGGAGGCUUUGUCUCUUUAUGACAAGGCCAUCGCCUUGUCCCCCGGCAAUGCUGCCUACCAUUUCAAUCGAUCCGCAGCUUUGAUGGAGAUGAAUAGAUUGGGAGAAGCCAUCAAGGAGUGCCAGGAAACUCUAGAGUUGGAUCCCGGAUACCUGCGGGCGCACCAUCGCCUCGGAUCCUUGUUUCUUAGUUUAGGACAGGUCGAGGAUGCGAGGAAGCACAUUUGUCUUCCUGGAUAUAAACCAGACCCAACGGAGAUGCACAAGUUGGAAUAUAUCGACAAGCAUCUUAAGAGAUGUGCUGAUGCCCGAAGGCUCGGCGAUUGGAGAAGUGCAUUGCGGGAAGUUGAUGCAGCCAUUGCAUCUGGAGCCAAUGCUUCACCACAGCUUUAUGCAUGUCGGGCUGAAGUUCUCUUGAAGCUUCACCGACUAAAUGAAGCCUUUUUAGCUAUGCCAGUUAUACAAAAGUCGUCUACAUCUACCGAACCACAAUUCCAAUCGAAGAUAUUUGGGAUGCUUUUUGAGGCGCACCUUUUCUUUGUCAAUGCACAGAUCGAACUAGCCAAGGGGAGGUUUGAGAAUGCACUGACGGCCAUUGAGAAAGCUAUGAAGUUAGAACCUCGGAAUAUCGAAACCACAGCCAUGCUUAACAAGGUGAGGCUUGUGUGCCGAUCUCGUGCUCGUGGGAAUGAUUUGUUCAAAUCAGAAAGGUUUACGGAAGCAUGCUCGGCUUAUGGGGAAGGUCUCAAGCAUGAUCCUUUGAAUUCGGUGCUCUAUUGCAACCGAGCUGCUUGUUGGUUUAAGCUUGGCCAAUGGGAACGCUCUGUUGAAGACUGCAAUCAAGCUCUCCGGCUACACCCCAAUUACAUCAAAGCACUACUCCGGAGGGCAAUCUCCAACACCAAGCUUGAAAGGUGGAGUGAAGCUGUGAGGGACUAUGAGGUUUUGAGACGGGAACUCCCAGACGACAAGGAAGUUGCUGAAUCUCUGUUCCAUGCUCAAGUUGCAUUGAGGAAAUCACGUGGGGAGGAGGUGUACAACAUGAAAUUUGGUGGAGAGGUUGAGAUGGUUUCAGGGCUUGACCAAUUCCGAGCUGCAAUAUCUUCGCCAAGUGCGUCGGUGGUUCUUUUCAAAACGGGAUCGAACAUGGAAUGCAAGCAAAUAUCUCCAUUCUUGGACACGCUAUGCACCCGAUACCCGUGCGUCAACUUUAUCAAGGUGGAUAUAGAAGAGAGCAGUGCGAUUGGACAUGCUGAGAAUGUUCGGAUAGUGCCAACUUUCAAGAUAUACAAAAGGGGCGUCCGAGUGAAGGAAAUGAUUUGCCCUAAUCCGGAGGUGUUGGAGUCAUCGGUGAGGCAUUAUAACAGCAGCAACAUAUAGAUAGAUGGAUAGAUAGAUAGAUAGAUAGAUAGCAAGCAUCAUUUACUUUAACAGAACAGAAUGGACCGGAACGGGCUACUCCUUGCUCACCCGCUCCCUCUCGAUUGCUCUCACUCUCACAUUUCCCUCCCUCCCUCCCUCUAUCUAUGCCUCACCCACCCCUACCCUUCAAUUAGUAGUCCAACAUUUAAGAUAACCUCACCUCAAUCACUCAAUCAUUCGUAGGAGGGGAGGAGAGGAGAGAAGAGGAGAGUCGAGGAUGAUCUUGGAUGGGAGGGAGGGAGGGAGGGAGGGAGAAGCCAUAUUCAUAUUCAUAUUCACAUUCAUAUUCAUAUUUGUGGGUUAGGCUUGAGGACUAAGCUCAUACCCUUUACCUACCUACCUUACUUAUUUCUUCAUUCAUUCAUUCAUUUCGCCCAUCAAUUCUCUUUUCUUUUCUUUUCUUGUUUAUUUUUGUUGUUGUUUAUGCCUUUCAUUCUCAUUACAUCUUUAUCCAAGAUCCCAAAAAAAAAAAAAAAAAAAAAAAGGAAAAAAAAAAGGAAUUGUGUUGAAGUAUUAUUAUGGCGUGGGUAGGGGAGGAGGGAGCAUCACAUCUUGUGAAGCAAGCUAGGACGCCCUUUCUUUCUUCUUCCUUUAUUUAUUUCUUAUAGACUGACUGACUGACUGACUGAGUGACGACCAUUGAAUUGAAAUGGAGGGUAGUGAGAAAUAAUUCAAGAGGAUGGUAGAAAUAAAAUCAAUCUUUCCCAUUAUUCUUGUCCUCUUUAUUUUGUUGUGUUGCUACUUCCACCUUAUUUCUACUGCCAAUCAUUUUAAGUCAAAUAAAAUUGUUUCACAUGCUGAUU